UUUGAUGGCAGUCGAACCUGGAGGCAAUUUCCCCAACUGGGACUCUCUUAACCUUGUUCUAGUAGUUUAACAGCCUCUGGUGGAUUUCUGGUUAACAUUUCCUUAGUCACAAGGGUUAAUUAGAAGAUCGUGUGAUAUCCAGUGCAAAGGAGACCCAAUGAACCAAACUAAACAGACAACUCUGUGGAUGGACAUGUAGAGCUUUUCCUAUGAGUAGGGAACACGGAGGCAGUGUCCAGGAUGGGAUUGUUCCAGGAGUUUCACACUGAAGAUAGGCCUCAUCUUCUCCACUUGUUGCAGGAAUUUCAGCUGUAGUGGCCAAAUGAGGUAUGUAGGUGGUAAAAUUGCUGUCUUUACCGACACCACUGCUGUCUUUACCGACACCACUGCUGUCUUUACCGACGCCACUGCUGUCUUUACCGACGCCACUGCUGUCUUUACCGACGCCACUGCUGUCUUUACCGACGCCACUGCUGUCUUUACCGACGCCACUGCUGUCUUUACUGACGCCACUGCUGUCUUUACUGACGCCACUGCUGUCUUUACUGAUGCCACUGCUGUCUUUACUGACGCCACUGUUGUCUUUACUAUUGCCACUGCUGUCUUUACUGACACCACUGCUGUCUUUACUGAUGCCACUGCUGUCUUUACUGAUGCCACUGCUGUCUUUACUGACGCCACUGCUGUCUUUACUGACACCACUGUUGUCUUUACUAUUGCCACUGCUGUCUUUACCGAUGCCACUGCUGUCUUUACCGAUGCCACUGCUGUCUUAACUGACGCCACUGCUGUCUUUACCGAUGCCACUGCUGUCUUAACUGACGCCACUGCUGUCUUUACCGAUGCCACUGCUGUCUUAACUGACGCCACUGCUGUCUUAACUGACGCCACUGCUGUCUUUACUGAUGCCACUGCUGUCUUUACCGAUGCCACUGCUGUCUUUACCGAUGCCACUGCUGUCUUUACUGAUGCCACUGCUGUCUUUACUGAUGCCACUGCUGUCUUUACUGACACCACUGCUGUCUUUACUGACGCCACUGCUGUCUUUACUGACGCCACUGCUGUCUUUACUGACACCACUGUUGUCUUUACUGACACCACUGUUGUCUUUACCAUUGCCACUGCUGUCUUUACUGACGCCACUGCUGUCUUUACUGACACCACUGUUGUCUUUACUGACACCACUGUUGUCUUUACCAUUGCCACUGCUGUCUUUACUGAUGCCACUGCUGUCUUUACCGAUGCCACUGCUGUCUUUACUGACGCCACUGCUGUCUUUACUGAUGCCACUGCUGUCUUUACUGUUGCCACUGCUGUCUUUACUGUUGCCACUGCUGUCUUUACCGAUGCCACUGCUGUCUUUACUGACACCACUGCUGUCUUUACUGACACCACUGUUGUCUUUACUAUUGCCACUGUUGUCUUUACUGAUGCCACUGCUGUCUUUACCGAUGCCACUGCUGUCUUAACUGACGCCACUGCUGUCUUUACUGAUGCCACUGCUGUCUUUACUGUUGCCACUGCUGUCUUUACUGUUGCCACUGCUGUCUUUACCGAUGCCACUGCUGUCUUUACCGAUGCCACUGCUGUCUUUACCGAUGCCACUGCUGUCUUUACUGAUGCCACUGCUGUUUUUACUGACACCACUGCUGUCUUUCCUGACACUGCUGUUUUUGUUGUCUCUGGUGUUUUGUCUGGUUUUGUUUUCUUUUCUUUUUUAUGUGCGCUGUUUCAUGCCAGUGCUACCUUGAUUGCGCUUCCUGCUUCGGCAUGUGUUGAAUCGAUGCAGCAUGUGCGACAUCGUCCUUCAUCGUUUUGCGUCGGAUUUUUUACUUUUUUGAAUUACACUACUCACAAAAAGUUAAGGAUAUUUGGCUUUCGGGUGAAAUUUCAGGAUGCACCUAAAAUGCACUAUAACCUUUACAGGUGAACUUAAUUUGACCUUCUCUACACUUUUGAAUGCACAUGUCCAACUGUUCAGUGUUUCAGUACUUUUUGCAUAAUUUGCUGUUCUCUAACAAGGUGCUUAAUGGCAAAAUUCACAACUGGUGUUUGAUCCAUGAAUCGACCAAUACAUUUUCUGGUUCAAAUGGAAUUGGUAUUUAAACAGUCCUCUUCAUCAUGCUGUUCAUAUAUUGACAUCAUGAGACCAAGACCACACCUAACAAUUGAUCAACAGUACCUCGACCUUGCGAGGCUUCAAACAGGAUGUUCUCAGAGGGAAGUGGCCACUGAGCUUAGCGUGUCACUGAGUGUCAUCAGCAGGUUGCGACAGAGAUACAGAGAGACUGGAAGAGUCACAGAAAGGCAUAGAAGUGGCCACAUCCCACAUUGAUGACCGCUUCAUUGUGAACAGUGCCCUGGGGAACCGGAUGAUAAAUGCCACUCAACUCCAGGCACAUUUAAGGAAGGUGAGAGGCACCCAAGUGUCAUGUCAGACCAUUUGAAACCGUUUACAUCAGCGUGGUCUGCGUGCUAGACGACCUGCAAGGGUACCUGACCACACCACCAGGCCAGGGAGUAUUUACGCUGGACGAGGGACCAGUGGGCCUCAGUGCUGUUCUCUGAUGAAAGUCGAUUCACGCUGAACAGAAAUGAUGGCCGCCAACGAUGUUGGAGAUGUCAAGGAGAGCGCUAUGCAUCAGCCACUGUUGUCACCAGACGAGCCUUUGUUGAUGGUGGUGUUACAGUCUGGGCAGGUGUGUCUACUCAAUACAGAACUGCCCUACAUCUUGUGAAUGGUACAGUGAUAAGCCAAUACUACCUGAAUAACAUCAUUAAUCCAGUCAUUGUGCCCCUACAUGAACAACACAGGCCUAAUUUCAUCUUCAUGGAUGACAAUGCUUCAGCUCAUCGAAGUCGCAUCAUUAGGGAACGGCUGCUGAGGGCUGGGGUACCUCAAAUGGAGUGGCCUGCACUUUCUCCAGACCUGAAUCCCAUAGAAAACCUAUGGGAUGAGCUGAGUCGCCGUGUAGAGGCUCGUAACCCUGCACCCCAGAACCUCAAUGACCUGAGGGCCGCUCUUCAAGAAGAGUGGAAUGCCAUGCCUCAGCAGACAAUCGACUCGUGAACAGCAUGAGACGUUGUUGUCAAGCUGUAACUGAUGGUCAAGAGCACAUGACAAAUUAUUGAGACAUUGACAUUUUUUGUUGUUUUAUACCCACCACUGUUGGCUUUUGUUUCAAUAAAUUGUUUGAGAUGAGGAAAUCACCAUUGCAGCUUCUACUUAAAUGCCCUACUUUCAUGAUAUAAUAUCACUGUAGCAUGAACUUUUUACAUUUUCCAUAAAUUUCACCCAAAAUCCAAAUAUCCUUAACUUUUUGUGAGUAGUGUAUAUUGGGUUUACUACUAAAAGAGAGUCUUGUAGGUGGAAGUUGCCAAUGCUGUGUCACCUGGCUGGUCUGUUAUUUUUAUGGGAAUCACUUGUAUAUGGGUUUCCUUUGGGUAUUUGUUGGGGUUCUAUCAAUUUUCUUGAGUUGUGUUUCUUGCUUGUAUGAUCGAUUGUUUUUUUCUUAGUGUGUUCUAGGCAUUGAGCCCCCAGGGCAGGCCUCAAGUUGUCCUUCCUGUCAGGUGGUGGUGCUUUCAUCACUGCAUGUUGUAUGGCUAUGCAUGAUUUCACCAGUGUGCUGUGUGUGAACUGUGUGUAUUGGUCGAGGUAGCGUUUGUUGUAGACAGUUAAGGAGGUUGAAGUUGAGCCUGUCCUGGGUUGACUUUGGCUUGUGUAGUGUACACAAUCACCCCAGUGGAUGACUUGACCAAGGUUAAGAAUGUGCAUCAUUCCUUAUAAAGAAGGAACUGCUGGCAAUUAGAGCAGCGAGUGGUUCCUGAGUGCCCAUAACAAGUGAGUCCUCAUCAGAUGAGAUGGAAUUGUAGGCUGUGGUACCAGGGUGUGAGCAGACAGCACCUGAGUUAGUAUUAGUUUUUUAGACCAGUCAAUAGCAUUAAGCCCGGUGCAGGUGAGUCAAAGGCACCAAGUGGCAUUAAAGGGAAACUUUUUAAGACUUUGGAGCCAAGGUAAGAAGUUUUAGUGGGGGAGAAUGGGAGGGAGUUGCAAAGGACAGGGUGGGAAAUGGCAAGUUGCCCUUCUAACCCCCAUCAUCUUUCUCAAUCAGCAGGAUGGGGUCAUGGGAGCCCUCCUCAGCCUAGGUCUUGCGCUAUAACGGGCAUUUUUAGACCUUGGGACUAACUGUGUUUUGGCAAUCGUUGGGGUGACAAUCCAAGAGUGUGGGGUAGAUUGUGGUGAGUCACACAGUUGAGUUGUGCUUUAAAUCUAGGUUUUAAUGAGUGGGGUGUGGUUUAAUUACAGAAUGUUUGGAGAGUAUAUAUAUACUGGGUAGCGCCCCAGUGUAUAUAUAUUAUUCCCCAGUUAUAUCCAGUUAUAUCCCCCAGUAAUAUAUAUAAUCCGGGGGAUUACCCAUAUAACCCAGUUUGACCACACUUUGGGAUAUCCCAUUUCGAGUAUCGCUCAGGGCUGCUGCUGUGUUGAUGGUAUAUGUUGAUUGCCUACUUGGCUAAUGCUGAAUAGACUGCUUUAUGUUCUUUUCUCUUGCAUUUCUUCCCCUUAGUUGACAGAGUUAGUUUUUCAGUCACAGUAGUGGAUGUGUGGGCCUUUGGCUGCUCUCCCUUCUUCUGAAUUUUUUGCCGAUUGACGUUUUAGCUUGUGGGAAAUAUUUGGCCUCUGGGUGUGUAUGACAGGAAUUCCAGCCAUAGUGGCAAAAUAAUAGUAGCUGAACAAGGCAGUAGAUGUUGCUUUGAUGUGGUGCAUAGUGUAAAAUCGUUUUCUGUUCUUUUAGGUGGAAUUGUUUUACACCUGAAAGAAGUAGCCUUCUGGUUAUCUAAAUGGAAUUGCAGGGUGGCAUUCUGUGGCACUGCUGUCUUUACUGAUACCACUGCUGUCUUUGCUGCUGCUGUCUUUACUGACGCUGCUGCUGUCUUUGCUGACACUGAUGUUUUUGCUGGCACUGUUUUUGUUGUCUGUGUGGUUUCAUUUUGUUUUGUUUUGUUUUGUAUUGUGGAUUAUGAUGGGACAGGGAAAAAAGAUCUCCAAUGAUGUCCUCACUUUCUGCUGCAAGGUCUUGGAAUUCCCAAACCAGUCAGUUAUGCAGCUGCUCAGGACACUCUUGAUGGUCCCUUUGUAGAACAUGGUCAGGAUGGGGAGAGGAAGAUGGGCUUUUCUCAGCCUCCGUAGAUGCAGCCAGGCUUUCUUUCUUUCUUUCUU